AUGCUCAGACGCGCAGCCUUACCUCUCCUGAGAGGGCGCACUGGCAUCCGGCCUCAAAUCCUGCAAGCACAGCUGCAGACCCAGUUGCGAUACUACGCCAAAGGAGAUCGUCCGAGGGAAGCAGGAUACCAGGUGCCCGGGAGCACGAAGCAGCCGGUGCAGCAAAAAGAGCCUCUACGAAAAGUCCCUUUUGUUCAGUCCACGCCCUCUCCCAACGCCGAGCCAGAUGCGUCACGAAACCCAAAGCCGCAUCCAGAAGCCACUCCAUUCGGCGAGGAUCCUACGCGAGACCUUGACGAUGUCUCUCAGUCAGUAUCCAGAGCGAGCGGCCGGUCGUUGAGGCAAGAAGAUGAUCGCAUCAGCGAGGCCGAAAAAGACGCGAGCGGACAGCAACCGACAUCUACAUCAGAGCCACGAGAAGUGGAUCAGGCACAGCAGCCUCUGCCUGAUCUGACAAGGGGCAUUCCCUCCACGUUGGACGCGGAGUUACGCAACGCCCAGUCAAGACAGGCGGCUACACAAGGGAGCAGCCUUAACAUUACUGAAGAUCCUGCUGAAGAGUUACCGGCUGGGACGCGCGGCCGCGACGGCGGUGACGUACCAAGAGAAGAAUAUGUUUCAUCCAGUGACCGGAGGAAGAAUGCGGCAUUCAGGUACAUGUACAUCAUUCUGGGCUUGGGGAUCGUCGGUGGCUCCGUCUACAUGGGCCGCAACUGGGCCGACGAGGAGGAGGAGAAAAAGCACCAAGACGCGCCGUCGGGCUGGGGUUUCACAUCUUUCUACAACCGCGUCACCGCUCGCCUGGGAGACAUGAUGAGCUAUUAUCGUGAUCCUGUGACCACGAAGUUACUGCCCGAUGAAGACCCGGAUCCGAAUUUCCGGUUCCCUUUCGUCCUGGUCGUGAGCUUGGAGGACAUGCUGGUGCAUUCGGAGUGGACUCGUGAGAAGGGAUGGCGGAUAGCGAAACGGCCGGGAGUCGAUUACUUCCUGCGCUACCUCUCUGCUUACUAUGAGAUCGUGCUGUUCACAAGUCAGCCGUCCGCUGUGGUCGAUCAGGUGAUCAGGAAGUUGGACCCUUUCUCCAUGAUUCGAUGGCCUUUGUUCCGCGAAGCGACCCUGUACAAGGACGGCGGGUACAUCAAGGAUCUUUCCUACCUCAACCGAGACCUCAAAAAGGUUAUCAUCAUGGACACCGAUCCCCACCACGUCAAGCAUCAACCCGAGAAUGCCAUCAUCCUACCCAAGUGGACCGGUGACCCCAAGGACCAAACACUGGUCCAGUUCAUCCCCUUCCUCGAAUACCUGGCAACGAUGGGUUUUGAGGACACGCGUGAGGUGCUAAAGUCGUUCGAAGGCACAUACAUCCCUGCCGAAUUUGCCCGGAGAGAGAAGCUUCUCCGGGCCAAGUUCGAAGCAGAACAAGCGGACAAGGGCAAAAAGCGGCCAAAGAAGACACUCGGCGCCCUUUCAUCAGCCCUGGGAAUAUCCAACCGCAGUCCAGACGGCCUGGACAGUGCCGAGGACGGCAAGAUGCUGUGGGAUCAAAUCCGAGAAAGGGGCCAGAAACAGUACAUGGAGCUUGAGAAGAAGAUCCAAGAGGAGGGUGCCAAAUUCUUGGCCGACCGCGAGGCAGAAGAGAAGAAGUACCAGGAGGAGAUGUAUAAGAGCAUGAAGCCCACGGGCUGGUUCUCCGGUCUGCUAGGAGGCGGACAGAAAGAGGCAGAGAAGUGA